AUGAUCGCCACUAUGGCGUACAUCCUAAGAAACUGGGAAACGUAUGGAAACGAGUUUUUGAAGACGUUCAAAGACCAGCAUUUUUUCUUAGCUGCUCUUAAAGGUCUCAGAAAUGGUGUCGUAUAUGGAACUCGAAUUCGUGCACCGCACGCUCUCGUCAUGGUAUUCCUUUUCGGCGAGGGACAUUCGCUGAGAAACUGCAAACAAUCUUCCGUCUAA